CUACCGGCGAGUCAGUACAAGAAGCACACGAUUCUUCUCAUACCUUCACUGAACAACCCAGGAGUCUCCAUGGAUCCUCACGAUCUACCUACGCAAUGCGGUUGGCCAGUAAAUACAACUGAUCCUACAACAUUUGACGCUGCGGAUUUUGCACACUCAUGGAUGAGCUUGCCUGAUCUUCCCUUCGAGACGACGACUGAGCCCCCUGACAAGACAUUUGCUGGGUUUGCUGGUAUACAAGAGCAGGGUGAUCAUUGCAACGGACUCGAUCAGCCACUUGCGAAGCGUCGCAAGCCAAAAGCAACGACUCUGCGCGACAUUGAUUGGGAGCCUCACAAAUCUCGCAUCCUCGAAUUGUACAGCCAUCAGAAACUAGGACUUCAAACUGUACAGCAAAUCAUUUGGGCAGAAAAAGGGUUUCACGCUGAGCUUCGGCAGUAUGAGACAGUGAUUGAGAAAUGGAAGCUCGGCAAGUACAUCAAGCUUCGCGAGAUGGCGAGCAUUGUUCGCAAGGUGCAGCAAAGAAAACUUAUUGACAUCGACCAAGGCGACCUGACUUUUAAAGUGAGGGGAAAGCGGGUCGAAACUGAGAGAAUAAAGCGUUGGAUGCGAGCCCACGGCGUUCCGGAAGAUGAACUAUAUGUCCCAAGUCCUCCGGCACCGACUCCCUCGGAUGUAGAGUGUCAGACUACAUCUGAGCGUAGCACUCCAGUGCAAAGCCCGGCGAGCUUAGCAAGCUUUUUCUUCGAUGAAGACCCUCAGCCCUCUGCUACCUCUCCUUGGAGGUUAGGGAUCGAUUCAAAUGACGGUGAUGCCGAACAACCGCCAAUGGUUGACUCCAGAAGCUACGACUAUUGUAUGGCAGGAUGUGCUUUACAUGAGCGUAUUCAGGUCAUAAUGAACCCACACAGAAAGUUGGACGACGGAAGUGCUAAAACACUUACGGCGCGGGGCUGCAUCUAUCAAGCCAUACUAUCAGUCCGUAUGGAUGACGAUGGGGAAGUCGCACGUCUCGGCGACGCUCUGAAUGAUACACUAUGUGAGGUCUCGAAUGCGCUGUUCUCAUUUUACCAGGCUCGUUACGUGCUAGAACCGCGACUCGAUCAGACUCUUACAGAGCUACUCUGCCAUGGUGACGUUUUGAAAAACCUAGGGGACUGGUUGCAGAAGAUGCAGAAGGCUUUUCGAGAUAUAGAGCAAGGUUUCAGGGAGGGUUGGGACCUGCAGAUAUGCUUCUGCGACGCGGUACGCAGGCUGCGUAUGGUGCAAUGGUGGUCGCAAGAGAUGGAGAUCAAGACUCUUGAGAAGAUUGAGUCGUUGCGCACCGUCGACCAAUCUCGGACAAUUGAGUCCUUGCACGCCGUCGACCUACCUCGGACAAUCGAGCCCAUGAACUGGAUUGCAUGAUGCCAGCAUACGAGCUCAGGGUUCGAUCAACCUCCUGGGGCAUAGAAGUCUAGUGUUACCCUUCACGCUGCCACCAGCGGGUGAACCACAAUAAUGCUAUUUUGGUUUGUUGUAGCACUUAUU